AUGAAGGUCUCUGCAGCUGGAUUGGCUCUUCUCCUCAUUUCAGCCUCCUUCUCCCAAACUUUCUCUGGCCCAGCUGGACUCGACAUCCCAAUAUGCUGUUUCACAUACAGGCAGCACAAAAUCCCAUGGAAGCACAUCCAGCGUCAUUACAUCACCAGCAGCAGUUGUCCCCAGUCAGCCAUUGUGUUUGUCACAAAGGAAGGCCGCCAGGUCUGUGCCAAUCCCAAAUACACCUGGGUCCGAAGCUACCUGCAAAUCUUGGAGCAGAACUGA